CGAUGCCGAGUAGCGUAACUCUAUUAUUUAUACAAAUACAGAUACAAGCACGGACUAUAUUCUUAAAAAAUGUUGCGAGGGUCGUAAGUAUGAAUAAUAAAUUGGUGGAAAUCCAGCUAUUUGGCUGCCGCGAGGGGUUACUUUAAGUGUCGCAGAGACUUCUUGGAGAUACAUGCGACAGAUCGAAUAUCGAACGAUGUACUCAUCGUAGAAGAACGAAGGCGAAGGAUUGUUAUUAUUUUCGAGGGGGAAUAAAUCGAAGAGAAGCUCGAGGAAAAUUCAUCGUUCUAUUUGAGGGAAAAAAAUAAAGUAAUACGUAACGUAAUACAUAACGUAAUUCGUACUUACGAGAGAUUCUCAACUGCUCAAAAAUGAAGUCGUCCAUGAAGUGGAACGCUGAUACCGUGCAGGUUUUAACAUUCCAUAAGAAUGUGCUCGGUAUACUUGGACUCUGGGUAUUAGACGAGAAAAACUUGUUCUCGAGGAUUCGAUGGUUCAUGUCAACGGUGAUAGAAAUGAGCGCGACGAUCAGCUUGUCGCUCGAAGUUAUCCGACAUUGCAAGAGUCACGAGGAUACCCUGAACGCCUUCCUGUCAGCGUCUACGUCGGUGAUCAGUAUAUCGAAGCUGCUCUUGCAUCGCCUGAAUUGGAGGCAUAAGCUCAUCCUGGUGGAACACAUCAUUCACGAUUGGACCUUUGUGAAGGACGAUUCUUCGCGCGACAUCAUGCUGAAAUAUGCGCGCAGGGGUCGGUUCGGCGCCAUGUUAUUCCUUUCCCUCGGCUUCACCUCUUGCGUGUUUCUCUUUUCCUCGCUUCUGUUCGGCGACAUGAAGAUGCCAUGGGAUGACUACGAAGAACAGAUUUACAACAACACGCAUGAGAGAAGGCUGCUUCUGGCUGCGUACUGCGUUUUCGGCACAUACACGUCCUUCACCUACGGCCUCAUCGAGAUCCUGCAGUCGCUGCAGAUCCUUGUCAACUGCAUUUCGCAGUGCGGGAACGACGGGUUCUUCUUCGAUCUCACGAUGCACGUGUGCGGACAAUUCGAGAUUCUCAGGACGGAUUUCGCCGCGAUGGACUGCGAGAAAUUGCUUUACCGUGUCCAACUUGUCAACCUGUUAAAGAGGCAUUAUCGCCUCAUUUAUAUGGCACAUCAUCUGAAAAAGGCAUUCGAUGCGGUGAUCUUGGCGCAACUUUUCAUGAGCGUCAUGCUCCUGUGCGUCGAAGGAUUUCAAUUGCUCCUUACGCUCGCAACGAACGAGACAUUCGCUGCUAUGAGACAUAUGCUUUUCAUCGUCGUACUGCUCGUGCAACUCUUCAUUUACUGCUUCGCCGGACAAACGUUGGAAUCUGAAUCGGAGGAACUCGCCUACGCGAUCUAUAGGUCGCCGUGGUAUUGUUUCGACGUAGACACAAUGAAGAAUUUACCAUUAAUGAUCCUUCGAGCGACUAGUCCUCAUCAGUUGACCGCGGGAAAAUUCCUAGUGAUAAAUUUCGUAAGUUUCAAGGAGAUUCUUAAGGCUUCCGCUUCGUACUUAUCCGUACUGAGGGUAAUGUUAGACACUUAAAUAGUAUCUUUUUUUUAAGAAAGAGAAAAACUAAAAUAUAUAUUUUAGUUCUUCUCUUGUAUACUUAUUCGUGCCAUUCUAUUAUCGACAUGAGCUAUAACAUGACUCAAUAAUAGUUCGACAAAAAUUCUCGCAAUAGUAAUUUUGGUCAAAUCGAAAAUUUCGCAAAAGAAGGUGCGAUGUAAAUUUAGUACUAAGAAUUACGUAAAAACAAUAUAAUUUCUUGAUAGAAGAGAAUAUUGCAACAUAAAGAAAUUGAGAUAUUUUUACUCAUUUUUAUUAAUUUCUAUUAUUUUUUCUUAUUUGUUGUUAUUUUAAUGUUUUAUGGUGAGGUAAAUACGUUUGCGUUGAUGGAUAUCAACGAGUAAACGUAACGAUUGCUAGUGCAAACACAAAUCAAGUAUUAGUCUGAUGGAAACAGAUGUGAGUGUUUCGUAAGUGAAUAGAAACUUAGGUGAAUCCACCACACGCGUUAUACUAUUAUCAUAAUCAUUGGCGAGCUUCGACAAACUCACAAAACAACAUCAAAUAUUGAAAAUCGUUAAACGUUAUACAAUAUUCAGGAUUCAUGGGGGGUAAGUUAAUCUUUUUUUAAUUAAGUUAAAUUUAAAGCUAAUGGCUCAAAUUAACUUAGGGGCCUAUUCUAACGUUCAAUGAUAUCGUUAUCUAUUGCUGCGCAGUUAUUUCAUGAUAUAAAAAAUCUGCGCAAUGAUACAUAACGAUGUCGUUAAAAGUUAUAAAAUAUACCUUUUAGUCACGCUAAAAACUAAU